AUGGAUUAAAUUAAUGUUAGCUUUGUACAGUACCAUGUUCAAAAUGUGAAAAUAAUGCUGAUGAUUGUAUUGAAUGCAUAUUAACUUUUACUUUAAGUUAGAAUAUACAAUACAGAUGUGAAUGUCCAUUUGGCUAUUAUUAGUUUGAUUCUCAAACAUGUUUGCCAUGUACAAGUCCAUGUUAAACAUGUGAGUAGAAUUAGAAUCACUGUUUAUCUUGUGUUGAUAUAAAUUAAAUAAUAACUAAUACAAAUUUAUGUGUAUGCAAUGAAGGUUGGAUUUUAGAUACAAAUAGUAUUACAUGCUUAAAAUGUUAAUUGCCAUGUUUCGAUUGUAUAGAUAAUAUAUAAAAAUGUAUCACUUGUUAAGAUUAACUACAUUAAUAACCUGACUCUUGUGAAUGUGAUUCUGGAUGGAUAUUUGAUGAUAAUUACUUCUGCAUGCCUUGUAUAGAACCAUGCACAACUUGUGAGAUAUCUACCACUAAAUGUUUGACAUGUAUUGAUCCUCAUCAUAUACUUAAUGACAUAUCAUAAUGUGUUUGCUAAUCAACUUAUUAUUCAAAUACUCUAAUCACAUGUGCAAAGUGUUAAGAACCUUGUUUUGAAUGUGAUUCAAAUGGAUGUAUCAACUGCAUAGAUAUGAAUCAAAUCUUAGAUUCCAAUAAAUAGUGUGUUUGUAAACCUGGAUAUCUCUAAUAAGGUAUUGUAUGUCUUAAAUGUUAAAAUCCAUGUUCUACUUGCAUAAAUACUAUUAAUGAAUGUCUAACAUGUUUUGAUCUUAAUUAAAUUGUCAAAGAUUAUUAAUGCCUAUGUAAAGAAGGAUUUGUGAAAGAAGGAGACUUUUGUUGUGAUUAAUAUUGUAUAGAUUGUUAAGGAGUAGACAAUUGUAAUAAUUGUAUGAAGGGAUUUUAUUUAACAUCAAUAAGUAGAUGUUUAAAAUGUAUUGAUAAUUGCGAUGUUUGUUAAAAUCAAAUUAAUUGUGAAAUCUGUUAAGAGGGAUACUUUCUAAAUGAAUUUAGAUUUUGUGAAAAAUGUCUUCCUCAUUGUAAGAUAUGUGGAAAUUAAUUUAAUUGUGAUAUAUGUUUAGAUGGCUAUUUUCAACUAGAGUAGUAAUGUGAGCAAUGCAAUCAAAAUUGUUUAACUUGUAAUGAAGUGUCUGAAAAAUGUCUUACUUGUAGAAAUAAUUAUGAAAUUAAUCCUAAUUAUUAAUGUAUCUGUAAAGUUGGAUAUUAUGAAUAAUAGAAUCAAUGUUAUAGAUGUGAAUACCCAUGUAAAAAAUGUUUAAAUUAAACAAUAUGUUUAGAAUGUGUUAUGCUAUCUAAUUUAUACUUAGAUUUGAAUUUUAAAUGUAAUUGUAGUCCAGGUUACUUCUGGAAUCAAAACAAUUGUUCUUAAUGUUAUUAAUACUGUUUAAAUUGCAUUGAAAAUUAAUUUAAUUGUAUAAGUUGUGAUUAAAAACUAAAUAGAAUUUUAAGGAAUAACAAAUGUGUAUGCAUUUAAAAUUAUUUUGAAACAGAAGAUGGAGUUUGUAUAUCAUGUUUGAAUUAAUUGGGAAAAUCUUAAGAAAGUUGUAAAUAUUAAGAUUGUAAAGAUUAAAUUUGGACUUUUGGUGAAGAAUGUGAUGAUGGAAAUUAUGUAAAUAGAGAUGGUUGUUCUAAUUGUAAGAUUGAUCAUAACUACUCUUGUUCUAAUGAAAUACUAAAUAAAUCAAUCUGUUUUCAAUGUUCUACUAAUUGCAUUAAAUGUUAAAUGAAUCCUUAAACAAAAAAAUCUUUAUGUAUCAAAUGCAAAGUUGGUUAUUUUUUAGAUAAAAAUGAUUGUGUUGAAUGUUCAAUUAAUUGUUUGGAAUGCAUUGAUUAAGCUUAUAAUUGUAUAAGUUGUAAGUUUCCACAAUACAAGAAUCAUAAAUGUUAAAUUUGUGAAUCAGGAUAUUAUGAAGAUGAGAUAAAUGGAAUUUGUUUAAAUAAAUGUGGAGACUAUAUAAAAGUAAAGGAGGAAGAAUGUGAUGAUGGAAAUCUUAUUAAAGGUGAUGGGUGUGAUGAUUAAUGUAAGUUAGAAAAUAAGUAUAUAUUUUUAAAUGGAGUAAGUAUCAUACCAACUUAUCCUAAACCAAUAUUAAAGAGUUUAGGCACUUCUUAAAUUUACUCUGUUAUUAGAUUAUUUAAAUUAUCUUACACCACUCAAAUAGUUAUUACUGAUGGUUUUCAAAUUAAAAAUUAUCUUUCUUUUCAUAUCUAGAACUAAGGUAAUGCUUAAAAAAUGGAUCAGUCCAUUCAACUCAAUUAAGAAACUUCGCAUAUUAAUGAAUUUAAUUAAUCUGAGUUAAUUUUAAUGAUAAAUAUCACUUUCUCAAGAAAUUCAAUAGAUGAAAUCCUAUUGAUCAAAUUCUUAAACAAUUCAGUCAUUUAUUCAAAUGAAGGAUACUCCUAAAUUGAAACUGAAGUCUCUUGCCUUAUACCAAAAGUGAUAUACAUAGAUGAUGUCACAAUUACUCAAGUGUAAUUAGCAACCAAAAGCAACACCUAUGUACUCUAUUUUAUUGGAGCAAUGUGUGGUGGAUCAGUGUUAUUUGGAGGAGUUGAAGUAUUUUUUAAUUUAUUGGAUACUCUCUAAAUGCUAUCUUAUUUUAAAUACAUUAAUACACAACUUCCAUAUAAUUUAUAAACAUACUUUGAACUAUUUGGAUUUGCUUAAUUUAACUUUAUCUAAAAGAUUUUUGAUUUUUCAGGAUUUAUUGAUUAGAUAUUGAAUACUUAACAAUUAAAGAAGAUACCUACGAAAGUAGCUAGUGACGAGAUAACAUCGCUAUUUAUUAUUAAUUCUGCAACAAUUACUACAGUUUGGAUCUCUCUAUUUUGUAUCUAUGGAAUUUCAAAGGUGAUACCUAAAAUUUUAUAUACUUUCAAGUUUAAAUUUUAUUCUGAGUCUUAAUCAGAAAAUUCUUGGCUUGUCAAAGUUGGAGUAUACUAUUUAACUAUAAAGUAUGUCAUAAAUAGAUUGUGCUUUACUAUUAUUUCAGAAUUCUUCUAUAGUGGAAUCUUACGUGCUUAUAUGGCCACUGCUUAUGAUUUUACUUUUAGUUUAGUACUUUAAUUGUAUGCCUUAGAACUUAAUUCAUCUAAUAUUUUUAUAAGAUUCAGUUCAUUAUUAGCAUGUGUAGCAAGUGCAAUAUAUGUUUUUAGCAUAUAUUUUGUAAUCAAACUAUCUUAAAUGAAGAAAUAUGCUUUGAAUAAUAGAGCCAUCAAAAAUAAAUAUGGAUCUAUUUUUGAUGGAAUUAAAAUUAAUGAAUUUUCCAAAUAUCUUAAUGCUAUUCUUCUAAUUAAAAAACUUAUCUUUAUGUUUUUAUUAAUUUUUGCUUAUGAGUUUCCAAUUUUUCAAACAGUCAGCAUUACACUUCUAUCAAUCUCGAUUAGUCUAUUUUACAUCUUAUUUAAUCCAUUAGAAGAUAAAUUGGAGUAUUUUAAAUAGUUAUUUAGUGAAGUUAGUAUCUCUUUUACACUAUUGAGUAUUACAAUAUUGACUUGUGAUUUUUAAUUAUUAUAUUUUUCAUAUGAGAUUAGACAAUUAAUUGGAUGGUGUUGCAUUUUUUUUAUGACAUCUAUAUUAUGUAUUCAAUUAGGGAUUGAUGGUUUUUAAUAAUGGAAGUUUCUUUUUAAGAAGUAUAAAAAAAUUAAAAGACUAGCUUAAUCAAUAAUUGGAGUAUUUUCUAAAAAUAAAUAAGUUAAUGGUCCAUCAAGUAUUUUCUAUUGA